AUGGCUCCUAAGCGAAAGGCAGAUUCUUCUGAUGGCAGUUCUACGAAAAGAAGGAAAACCACAAUGGAAGUGAAAGUAGAUGUAAUAAGACGCUCAGAAAAGGGCGAAACACCCAGACACAUCGGCCGGUUGCUUGGCCUCAGUCCUACGACUGUCUCCACGAUCAUCCGCGAUAAAAAUCGUGCACUUGACCAUGUGAAAGGAUCUGUUCCUAUGAAAUCAACUGUGAUUACAGAGCAACGCAGGGAUCUCAUGAUUGAGAUGGAAAGAUUAUUAGUGCUUUGGCUGGAUGACCAGCAUCAACGGCGUAUCCCAGUUAGCCUGAUGUUGAUUCAGGAGCAGGCUAAAAGAUUGUUUGAGGCCUUGAAAAAAGAAAAGGGGGAAGGGAGUGAAAGGGAAGAGUUUGUGGCUAGUAAAGGCUGGUUUAUGUGUUUUAAGGCUCGUGCUAAUUUGCAUAAUCUUAAGGUGCCAUGGGAAGCUGCUAGUGGUGAUGUGAAAGCAGCAGGUGAUUUUCCUAGUGCGAUGGCUGAGAUAAUUAGGGAGGGGGGUUACUGUGAUAAACAAGUGUUUAAUGUGGAUGAGACAGGCUUGUUCUGGAAGCCCAUGCCUACACGUAUGCACAUUGCCAAUGAGGAGAAGACAGCAUCAGGCCAUCAAGCCAGCAAGGAGAGACUGACUUUGCUACUUGGGGCUAAUGCUGCUGGUGACUUCAAGCUGAAGCCCUUGGUGUGUCUGGCUGAGAAUCCAAGGGCAACCAAGGGCAUAUGGAAGGGUCAACUACCUGUCAUCUGGAAAUCUAACAAGAAGGCCUGGGUGACACUUGGCGUAUUUGAGGACUGGUUCACCAACCAUUUUGUGCCAGAAGUGAAGGACUACUGUGCUUCCAAGGGGCUUCCCUUUAAGGUGUUGCUAGUGCUGGGCAGUGCCCCUGGUCACCCUGCCGAUCUGAAUGACUUUCAUCCAAAUGUCAAGGUGGUUUACCUUCCACCUAACAUCACCUCCCUUUUACAGCCUAUGGACCAAGGUGUCAUUGCUUUUUUCAAGGCCUACUACCUCCGAAGGACAUUUGCUAUGGCUUUUCGGGCAACUGAGGAUAAAGAGUUGACUCUCAGUGACUUUUGGAAAUCUUACAAUGUUCUUGCUGCUGUAAAGAACAUUUCUGAUUCUUGGGUUGAAGUUAAGCAGACGAACCUGAAUGGUGUUUGGAAAAAAUUGUGUCCCCAGUUUGUGAAUGAUUUCCAUGGCUUUGAGGAUUCAGUUGAGGUUGUCAUCCAGAAUGUCGUUGAGCUGAGUAAGCAGCUUGAUUUGGAGGUGGAGGCUGAGGAUGUCACAGAGCUGUUGGCAUCUCAUGGAGAGGAGCUAUCUACCCAGGACCUCAUUCAAGUGAAACAGCAGUUAAUUGAAGAGGAAGACACACCAACCCCAGAGCCCAAGAGAUUUACAAGCAAGGAACUGGCAGGGGCCUUUGCCAUGAUAGAGGAUGCCUUGGCAAGGUUUGAGGCUCAGGACCCCAACAUUGACAGGUACACUAAGGUUGCCAGAGGGGUCAUGGAUAGCCUGCAGUGUUACAAGGAGAUUUGGGAGGACAAGAAGAAGGCAUCCUUCCAGACUAGCCUUGAACAUUAUUUUAAGAAGGUAGAGAGGCCUGCAACAGAUCCUGUACCCUCUACCUCAUACGCCUCUCCAGACUCUCCUGACCCAGUAUCACAUGCACCUUCUGCAGGUCCUGCCUCUCCAGACUCACCUGACCCAGUAUCUCCAGCACCUUCUGCAGGAUCUGCCUCUCCAGACUCACCUGACCCAAUAUCUCCAGCACCUUCUGCAGGUGCUGCCUCUCAAAACUCCUCCCCUCAGCAGCCUAGUGUAAGCCUGUCUUUCCCUCCUUUACAAAGUCCAGUGUGCAAGCCAACAACAAUAGUAAAGAUAAGGACCUUGGUGAACGCCUGUGCCAGGAGAGUUCAUACUACAGAAAAGCCCUACGAGUGUACUGAUUGUGGGAAGGUCUUCAGUGAAAGCACUGCUCUCAUUAAACACAACAGAGUUCACAUUGGAGAAAAGCGUUAUGAGUGUAGUGAAUGUGGGAAGUCCUUCAGACAAAG